GUUCGAAUACAUUGGUGCCACGUCGCCAAUUAACAUCACGAAGUCCCAAGGCUAUGGCCCACCAACGUACGGAGACCAUCUUAUUGGACAACUUUAAUUCUUUACACUUCUCAAAAAAAAAAAAAAAAAGAACUUUAGUUCUUUACCUUCUCUCUCACCCUUUCUGCACCAAACUCAAAUGUCCAAACAGAUUGGCCUUUUUAUCUCAACAUGCUUGAUGAUCACAGUCCGUCACUGCUAAAUCCACUCCAAUUACAAUCCCAAAUGGCAAUCAAUCUCUUACUAUAAGGCCUCAACACAACUGCAUACAUCUUCAUGAAGGACCCUUGAAGGUAGAGGAGGAUCAAGGAGGGUUCAAUGGGUCAAGUUCUCUCUAACAUUAUUCAAUGCAUAUGUGGUGAAGCAGAGGAUGAUGAUUUGGAAAGGCAAAGUCAUAAUCUGCUACUUCCAACCACACAAAAUGAAUCAAGAACUAGCUCAGCUGGUGCAUUACUACAAACCCCAGUUAGUUCAUCAUCAAGCUCAUACUCAUGCAGUGACUUGAGCACAACUGGUUCAUCAGUUCAUCUAUCUAGUUUGGACUUACAUGGGGUCUCAAAUACAAGCUCUUCUGCAUUGCAUCAUAUUGCACUGGGUUUUCACCAAUGCUUGAACUCAAAUACAGACUCGAGCAUAACUAGUGCAUUGCAUCAGAACUCACACGGUGAAUUGGGCACAGCUUGUGCUUUGCAGCAAGAAAUACAUGGUCAAUGCAUAUGUGGUGAAGCAGAGGAUGAUGAUUUGGAAUGGCUAAGUCAUAAUCUGCUACUUCCAACCACACAAAAUGAAUCAAGAACUAGCUCAGCUGGUGCAUUACUACAAACCCCACUUGGUUCAUCAUCAAGCUCAUACUCAUGCGGUGACUUGAGCACAACUAGUUCAUCAGUUCAUCUAUCUAGUUUGGACUUACAUGGAGUCUCAAAUACAAGCUCUUCUGCAUUGCAUCAUAUCGCACUGGGUUUUCACCAAUGCUUGAACUCAAAUACGGACUCGAGCACAACUAGUGCAUUGCAUCAGAACUCACAGGGCGACUUGGGCACAGCUUGUGCUUUGCAGCAAGAAAUACUGAUUUCUUCAGAAAGCUUGGAGGCACUAGGUGACUCAAGUACUAGUAGCCCAUUAGAAGAAGUACCUAUGGUUUUAUAUUCAACCACAGACAUACUCAGCAAUUCACAAACUUAUGUUCCAACAUUAGAUCCACCUUUUGGAGUUGAUUUACACAUUGAAGUUGUAGAAAAAAAGAGACAAUCUGUUCCACCUCUCUCACUUGUAAACUCAAUAGAGCCAAGCGGAAAGGAAAGAGAAAGGGAAAGAGAAAGAGAGAGAAAGGAAGAGAAGGUAAGUAAGGGAGUGGUGAUAAAGGAGAGAUGGAUAAAACAUUAUAGUAGUCAUCAAAAAAUUCUACUAGUGGGUGAAGGGGACUUCUCAUUCUCUGCUUGUUUGGCUGUGGCUUUUGGUUCUGCGAACAACACGAUAGCAACUUCUCUUAAUUCUCAAGGGUAUUUGAGGAAAAAUUAUAGGAAAGCGAAGUCCAACAUCAAAAAAUUAAGGAGUAGAGGGUGUAAGGUCAUGCAUGGUGUGGAUGCCACUGAAAUGGCUAACCAUAUGUUACUAGAGGGCAUGGAAUUCGAUCGCAUUAUUUUCAAUUUUCCUCAUGCUGGCUUUCCUGAAAAUGAAUCACGCAACUCAGCGCUUCGGCGAAACAGAAAAUUAGUACGCCAGUUUCUAGCGAAUGCCAAGAAAAUGAUCGCUGAAAAGGGUGAAAUUCAUAUUUCCCACAAAUCGUAUGGUUUCUUCUUGGAAUGGAAUGUAGAAUUUCUAGCAUCACAGGCAGGCCUUCGACUUCUUGAAGAGGCGCAGUUUAACCUCAAUGACUAUCCAGGCUAUAACACCAAAUACGGGUUUAGGGGUGACAAAAAUUUCAACUGCAACAACAGCAAAACUUAUAAAUUCGGGCUUUAAACACAACAAAAAAUACAGUCUAAUAGGAUGUAAACUUCACUUAUUGCACUCUACUGUUAUUGACGCUUCUUGUGCUGGCCAGGGAACUAGCUGUGCCGUUACCAAAUGAUGUUUUCUGAAAAUAUUUUGCUCUAAUGUACAUUGUGUAGUAAACUGCUAAGAAUCUAAAGGUUUGUAUAGGAAAGAAGUGCUAAAUUUUCGAGACA